CAAAUAUUUCACUGUCUUGUACUGCAUGUUACAAUACAUGUAUACCGAAACAAUUUGAUAUACAUUUUAUAAAUGAUCUUAAAAGGUAAGAUGCCUUUUUAUUGACAAACACCGCCUAACUAUUUUUAGGGAAAGUUUAUCUGUUUAUCAACGACCUACAAAUCGCAUCAUUGAUUAUACGGGUAUGUCACCAAGUCAUAAACUUUUAAAUGGAAACCUAGCUGUGAUCUUACGUAAGAAUGUAUUGAAAUUUUGGAUGAUAAAAGUAUCUAUUGAUUGAACGAUUUAGAGGACUGCAGCUAAAUAAUGGUCGAUAAGUACGAAGAAGAGAUGCCGUAUGCCGAACUUGGAUCACCGACUCGUCAAAACUGUAUUAAUAAUCCUGCUCAGCGAGUCGGAAAUUCUGGGGCACCACCCUUACCACCAAGAAGACCAACCACUUUUCUAAAAUCUUACGAACACACCAGUUACAGUGAUGCAACUAGCUUGCAAAAAGACAGACAUGACUUCAGAGGCAGUUUAUCUGAUUCAGAGGUCAAUUUAUAUAGUAAUAAUCUAAGGUUGAAUGAUUCAGUUGGAUCAAAUACUUCCGUAUGCUCCGCGCAUACUGCAUUCACAUAUCUAAGCAUAGGGUUAAAACGAACUGCUGGAUCUCCAGAAACAGAUAGAAACCUUUUAUAUAGUAGCAUUCGUUCGCCAACAGGUGGAUUUUCCCGUGUGCCUUCAGAAUAUCAACUGUUAUCAGAUCUACCGAUAUCAAAGGAAUUCCAAAGUACGACAGUCAACCGUUUUGUUCCAACAAAAGGAUUAGAAUCAGAUGAUAAUACUUCAGGAAUAUUCGUUAAAGACUCUUUGCACUUCCCACCUGAAGACUGGUCACUAACAAUUGACGAAUUGAUUCAAUUUAACACAUUGCCUGGCGCAAUAGAAGAUCUCCGUCAACAGGAUUUUAAGAGGUAUAUUGUAACUAAAGUGCUGCCACGCCUGAGGCGGACUAAUAUUGAAGGUAUUGCGAAGCUUUUACACAUAGGCAGUGAAACUAUCACAGACAUAGUAAUUCCAGUAUUAUUUGAAGAGACAAUUGAAACAGAAUUGUACUGUGGAAAUGCGGAAGAUUUUUAUCAAGCGUUUAAUGCAGUAAUUGAAGUUUUCACUAUUGCCAAUUCUUCCCCAGAUCUUCUUUUGAUACUAUUUAAUUUGGCAUCAAUUAUUCGGAGAAAAUAUAGUGAAAAUCAAAUGACAUUGAAAACAAACAUGUGCAAAAAAUGCCAAAAAAGAUACCGAUCUCUUAGAACGUCAAAAGUCUGUCAUCGUUUGAGCGCAAUAAAGUUGCUAACGGAACAGAUGCAGUCAUCAACGAAAUGGGAAAUUCCUAAGAGUAGUGCAGAAGGACAAAGUUUUCCGACGACGAACUUUGUAGACCAGUAUUCCCAUUUAUUCGGAAUCAUAAAUAAGAUAUUCCUUUCUACAGAUUGUAGUAAGUAUGUGGAGGAAUUAAAGUGUACGACCAGGCUUCUUGUUGAAAAGAAACACAAGCCUCAAUCAGAAAAUAGUACUUUUCAAGAUAUUAUACUUAGAUUAGUAACAACCGGUUGUUAUCUUCUUCUCAGAAAUGAUACUUACCUGGAACUUCAAUCAAAAGAAAGACUCGAAGGAUUAUUUGAUGUUUUAGAUUUAAUUUUGAUGAAUACCAAUGUUUUGCAAGAAACAAGAAUGUCUUUAAUGACAGUUUUAGAACCUCUGUUCUUAGUUGAAAAUACCGAAAUCGUUCAACGAAUUUUGCGCGUGUUUAUUAAUAAUCACAAAAAAUCAGUACCUGUAUCCAGACUUGUUCAACAAUACACUAUGAAGGAGCUUUUAUAUACAGGAAUUACAUUUCCAAAUUAUACUUGUUUAAACGAACGAGAACCAAAAUGGAUAACCACCAAAGGAAUUUUAAGCUAUAACGACAAGGAAAUACUUCUCUAUUGUUUAAUGCCUACAUUGCAUUGCUUGUCUCAAGGCAAAAUCACCGAAUGCCAACCAGCAGCGUGCAAAAAGGAAAAACACGUUCACAUUAACAGUUUACAAAUGCUUACAUAUCUGCAGCAUGGGAAAACGCACAAUUCAGUGAUACAACUAUUGGCAUAUCAGAUUCACCCACUGCCAUUAUUUUACAUCACAGAACGGAUAUCCUCAUUAACACUGAAUGAGUUUCUUUUACGAAAACGGAAGCAAUCAAAAUGGCAGACUUACAAAAUGUUAACGUCAUUGGUGAUGGAAAUUGUUGAUGUGGUGAUUUUUCUAAAAGACAGAGGUAUCGUUCACCGAGAUCUUACUAGUCAUGCAUUUAGGAUAUGUGAUGGUGGCCAAAGAAUCGUUCUUCAUGAUUUCUCCAUAGCAUUAAAGCUAGAUGGCAAGGAUUUCAUACAAGGCAAGAACUUGAUAAAUUUAUAUUUUUGCUAUUAUUAUACAGCCGACGACUACCGCCUUAUUCCAACCUUGUGGUCAGCACCUGAGAGCAUACUGGAAGACAAAUACAGCGUAAAAUCAGAUGCAUGGAUGGUUGGCCAUUUACUGUAUGAAGUUUUUACACAUGGAUGCCAGCCAUAUACAGAGAUGUACACUUUUGGUAUCGACAAGGUUCUGUCUUAUGUUGUUUUUCAUAACCUUCAGCCAAAGCAAUGGCAGUGUAUUCCAAAGUGUAUCUAUGAACUAAUCAUUGCAUUAUUACAACGCAACCCAGAAGACAGGAGAGAUCUAUCUGAGAUACAACAUAAACUAAAAGAGACAGUAGAUUCGUAUAGCAAUCAAGGAUCCAGACGACGACAUCUUUCCCUCCGAUCUGAAGAGAAUGAACUGUAUCCCAGUAUAGAUCCAAAACAGGAUCUCCCAAGAAAUGUAAGUUUUAAUGCGGAAGAUGAAAAGACGAAUUAUAAACUUAUUGGUGGAGCCAGCUCAGGAAUGAUAGACUUCAAUCUAAGUUUCCCAAAAUUAUCAUUUUCAACGAAGAUAGGUAAAAUUUGCAUUAGUAAGUUUAGACACAGACACAAGUACAAACUCUAA